AUGACGAGCCCAGUAGCACGCGGCGGAAUAGGGCUGCAACAACUCAUAGGCCCCUCCCUCCUCCUGGGGGGGCUUGGCUCGCUCUGUAUUUCAGGAAUAACAGGCAUACCAACCACAGUGAUUAUGACUCUUUUUAUUUAUUUAUCAGGUCUUGUGCCGGAAAACGAGUACUUCCCCCAAAUGUGGUUCAAAGGAAAUAUAUUUACUGGGCUAUAUCAUCUUUAUUGCACGCAUACUAUUGGGUACACGUACGUGCGACCGAUGCUUCAUGCACGACAGGACCUUCCUCACUCUGACUACCGCCAUGGUGUGAGAUCUUUGAGUGAUGUUCACAAACCAUCAUUGUUGUUUCCUGCAGAAUUGAAGACAAACUCAAAUUUUUAUGAACGAGGUGGGGGGUUGGUUGACCUAAAGAGUCUUGGUGAAGCGUACAAGGAAGGCUAUAGGGGGGUUUCUGUCGUUCCAGUCCCUAUACUGGCGGACAAUUACGCAUACUUGAUUUUGAGCUUCUCUACGAAGCGGUGUGUCGCGGUCGAUCCAGCAGACCCCAAACUCGUACUGUACAUUCUGACUGUCGUCCGUCACUUAACAGAGGUGGAUUUUGUGCUGACGGACAUCCUUACCACCCACAAACAUUGGGAUCACGCAGGAGGUAAUCUGGAGCUUCAACAAUGUUCACAAAGCAGCAGCGAUGCGGAAUCCACGAAACUCGUGGACGCUCAGUUGAAAAUUUACGGUUCUGUGACUGACAAACCUCAUGCGUGUACAAACUUUGUUGAGGGUGGCGAAGUGUUGUCGCUUGCAGGUGGAAGCGUGGAAGUCGCUGUGUUUUCUUCUCCUGGACACACCGUUGGCUCUGUUAUGUUUCUUGUGGGAGAAGUUUGCAUGGAACCUCAUGGCCCACAACGUCUGGCAGUUUUCACGGGGGAUUGUAUUUUCUGCGGAGGUUGCGGUGCCAUGUUUGAGGUUACAUCCGUUGAUGAAGUGGUACAAACACGGGAAUUGUUUUUUAGCGAUCGUUUGCGGACGCAUCCUGCAACGAAUAAAAUACUCUCAGCAGAUGAUGUGUUAGUGUACGUGGGGCACGAGUAUACAGAGCGCCUGAUUACGGAAAUGCUGAAGUUGCACGCGAAGGAUCCCAAUAAGGAAGAAGUCAAUCCAGAAAUGCGUAAGUAUCGCAAGGCAUUGAGUCAGGCUAAACGAUCCACACGCCUUUUGCGGUCCGCGCGUAAACCAGAUUACAUCGGCAACUCCGUGUCAUUGAGGGGGGUGAUUAACACACCCUGGAUGCUACCAGCCUGCACGGUUCCCUCAACGUUGGCCAUCGAACAAAGAACAAAUCCUUUAUUGACAGUGAAACGUUCUGUCUUGGAGGCUCUCCAGGAAGGUAAAUCCUUUUCGAACAACAUCCAAAGAAUUAUAUAUGCUUCAUCGGAGCGUCAUAUUCUCGAUUAG